AUGUUUAAUAAACUGAAAGCAAGAUUCACCAAAGUGAAGCAAAAACCAGAGGAGGAGAAGUUCAAGGAAGAAGAGGCCCCUCCUAACCCAUCACCCCAACAGCCACGACCCACAGGGCAGGGUGAAAAUAAAAACAAAAAUGAGCCACAGAAAGGCGAGACUGCUAAUACUGCACAACCAGAACCAAAGCAACAAGAUGCAGACACAGCUCCAGCGAAGUCACUUGUCUCCCUAAAGACUGAAAAGCCAGCAGAACCAACUGGGAUAAUACAGGAACAGAGUCAAAAGCCCAACAGUGGGAAAGAUGAUGAUGCUAACUCAUCUAAAGGCCAUGUUGUAAAUGAGUAUACUGAAGCCCAACUGCAAGAGAUUGUCAAAAAAAUGAGGGCAAGGACAUCAGCCUAUAAAGAAAAACUGACUGAGCCACUACUGUCCUCUCAUGAGGGCAGUCCUACAACUUCUCCAUCUAAAAAGAAGCCUCUGCCUCCACCCCCACCAAAAGAAGAGAAAAAAGACGAAGAAAAAAAAGAGGAAGGUGAUGCCAAGCCAGAGGAUCAUUACUGUGACAUGCUGUGCUGUAAAUUCAAGAAACCACCAUUGAAAGAAUACCUGAAGAAGAUGGAGCUACCAGACAGUAUAGAUGCAUACACAGAUCGCCGCUAUGUAGUGUGGCUCCUGAUCAUUACCAUUGCUUAUAACUGGAACUGCUGGUUCAUUCCACUGCGCUGUGUGUUCCCAGUACAAACACCAAGCAACAUAUUCUAUUGGCUCCUCGUAGACACCAUUUGUGAUAUUUGCUAUUUGUGUGAUCUGUUGGUGUUCCAGCCCCGAAUGCAAUUUGUAAAAGGUGGAGAUAUAAUAUCAGACAAAGUAGAAAUGAAGAACCACUACCAGAAAUCUCUGAGGUUUCGGCUUGAUCUGGCAUCAGUAAUACCAGUUGAUGUUUUAUACUUCAUCUUUGGGUUUAACCCAGUGUUUAGAGCAAACAAGUUGUUAAAGCAUAUGGCCUUCUUUGAGUUCAACGACCGGUUGGAAGCUAUCCUGGAUAAAGCAUACAUCUACAGAGUCAUUCGAACAACUGGAUACCUGCUGUUUGUCUUGCACAUUAAUGCAUGUAUUUAUUACUGGGCCUCAGAUUUUGAAGGAAUUGGCAGCACCAGAUGGGUGUAUGACGGCAAAGGAAAUAUGUAUCUGAGGUGUUACUACUGGGCAGUGCGCACUUUAAUUACCAUUGGUGGCCUUGCAGAACCGCAAACCCUCUUUGAGAUAAUCUUUCAGCUACUGAAUUUUUUCACGGGUGUCUUUGUGUUCUCCAGCUUAAUUGGUCAGAUGCGGGAUGUAAUUGGAGCAGCUACAGCAGGACAGAAUUACUACCGUGCCAGCAUGGAUAACACCAUCUCUUACAUGAACACCUAUACAAUUCCAAAAGUAGUUCAGAAUCGUGUUCGAAGGUGGUACGAAUACACAUGGGACUCUCAAGGAAUGCUGGAUGAAUCAGAAUUACUGGAGCAGAUGCCAACCAAAAUGCAGUUAGCCAUUGCAAUUGAUGUGAACUUUGCCAUUGUCAAUAAAGUUGACUUAUUCAAAGGGUGUGAUACUCAAAUGAUUUACGACGUGCUGUUGAGACUGAAAUCCAUUGUGUAUUUACCUGGUGACUUUGUCUGCAAAAAGGGAGAGAUUGGCAGAGAGAUGUAUAUCAUCAAGCAGGGAGAAGUUCAAGUUCUUGGAGGCCCAGAUGGCACAAAAGUCCUGGUUACCCUGAGAGCAGGAGCUGUAUUUGGAGAGAUAAGCCUAUUAGCGGCAAGUGGAGGAAAUCGACGGACCGCUAACGUGGUGGCACAUGGAUUUGCCAAUCUCUUUAUUCUAGACAAGAAAACUCUCAAUGAAAUCUUGGUGCAUUAUCCAGACUCGGAAAAACUCCUAAUGAAGAAGGCUAAGGUGCUGCUCAAGGAGAAGGGUAAGCCCACUGAAGAGCCACAAGUGCGAACAAAAGGCUUGACUAGUCUCUUUGCAACAAAACCAGAAACUCCCAAACUAUUUAAAGCCAUGUUUGGAGGGACAGGAAAAGGAGGCCUAGCUACGCUGCUCAAGAUGAAGAGACAGCAAGCUGUUCAGGAAAAAACUGAAGAAAAGAAACCUGAGCCAGCACCAGAACCCACAGCCCCACCUAAACCAUCUGUGCAAAAGGAAGAGCCAGAUGCAAAUUUUCAACCUCCACCUAAACCGGUUCUGCUCAGAGGAACCACUAACAAGUCUCUUAUCAUCAGCAUGGCUCCUUCCCCCAUAGCAGGAGAAGGAGAGGUUCUCACUGUCAAGGUCAAAGAAAAGAGAUAG